AACGGUGUUCCUGCACCGAGCACGAGGCACGCCCUGGGUGCAAUCAGGAGGCAGAGGCUGUGAUGCUCCCUGGGGAGGCCUUUGAGUUAGCGUUCCCCGGCUAUGAUCCGAGCGUGCCACCUCAGUGCCUGCGUGCCACCUGAGGGCACACAGCGCUGUCCGGAGGGCUGGCAAGGCACCAAGCCCUGUGGCUCGGUAGCCAGGUGCCCUGUGCCCGGCAAGGCCGGCGCACCCCCGCGCGGUCGGUGCUCGGGGCCGCGGCCGCUCCGCAGCGCCGUUUCCGGGCCCGCGGGCAGGUGAGGCGGCGGCGGGCGGAGCGGAGCGAUGAGGCUGCUGCUGCUGGCGUGUCUGCGGGCACAGACCGGCAACGCCACCACGGCCGCCAGGAUCCGGAAUCAUCUCCAAGCUGCAGGUCACAUCUGUGUUCUUAAAGAUGCUUUCAUGUAUGAAAGUCCAACUGAAAUAGCAAACCUGACCUCCUCAGACAAGUUUGAUGCAGCCCUGGCCAUUCACCUCUACAAAGGAGGCAGACUGCUGCAAGGGAGCAGAAUUCCUUUUGGAAUCAUCUUUGGUGGGACAGAUGUCAAUGAAGAUGUGAAAUGUAAAGAGAAACGCCAGGUAAUGGGAGCAGUGCUGGAGAAAGCCAGGUUUGCAGUGGCUUUCACCGUGGAAAUGAAGGAGCUGGCAGCAGCAGCGUGGCCAGACGCCAGGAAGAAAAUCUAUGUCCAAAGUCAAGGAAUCAAGACUACACCCAGUGAAACAUUUGACUGGUCCAGAUUUCUACAAAAUGCAGGCAUCCCUGCAGCCACGGGCAGGGUGCAUCUGUUCCUCCUGGUGUGUGGGCUCCGCAGAGUCAAGGACCCUCUGUAUUUGGUGGAGGCUUUCUCAGACUGGCACAGAAAGGAUCCCAGUGUCCAUCUGGGCAUUAUUGGACCUGCAGUGGAUCCACUUUUCACCAGUGAAGUCGAGGAGAGAGUUAAAAGGGCCCCCGGGGUGCACGUGCUGCAGGAGCUGCCCCAGCAGGAGCUGCACGCUGCUCUCAGGAGCUGCCUGGCCCUGGUGAACAGCUCCAUCUCCGAGGGCAUGUCUGCUGCCAUCCUGGAGGCAAUGGAUUUAGAAAUUCCAGUGCUGGCAAGGGACAUUCCUGGGAACGCUGCCAUAGUAAAGCACAAGGAAACAGGGCUGCUCUUUUCAACUCCCCAGGAGUUUGUUGCGCUGUCCAAGAGUUUAAUGAAUGACCCCAUUAUGGAAAAGGAAAUUGUAAGCAGGGCCAAAGAGUACGUGAAGAAGCAUCAUUCCUGGGAAGGGGAAAGGAAAACCUACCAGAAUCUUGUGCAGAGACUCCAGUGACUUGGCAGGCUGCAGCUGAGAGCCAGCAGAGCACUUUAAUGAUGGAAAUGUGAUUGGCUUUGGGUUUCUCUUGGGUUCUUCCUAGAAAAACAGUCAGACUCUGUUUGGACAGCCCCGAGCAGGCUGGCUGGGGCAGCAGGAGGUGCCAGCCCUGCAGCAGGGCCCGGGUGUCUGCUGCCCUGAGGCCUCCCAGGGCAGGCCAGCCCUGGCACACAGAGCUCACAGGGGAUGUUCUGGGGCACAGCUCUCUGCCCACUGCAGCCCAGCCCUGCAGCCCAGCCCUGCAGCCCAGCCCUGCAGCACAGCCCUGCAGCCCAGCCCUGCAGCCCAGCCCUGCAGCCCAGCCCUGCAGCCCCAGCCCUGCAGCACAGCUCCCUCCCCACUGCAGCCCCAGCCCUGCAGCCCAGCCCUGCAGCCCCAGCCCUGCAGCCCCAGCCCUGCAGCCCAGCCCUGCAGCCCAGCCCUGCAGCACAGCCCUGCAGCCCCAGCCCUGCAGCACAGCCCUGCAGCACAGCUCCCUCCCCACUGCAGCCCCUGGGCACCUCCAGGUCACAGCCACACCUGCUGCUAAAGCCAGGCUGCAGGAGCAGAGGGGUAAAUCACAAAUCACUGACCCCAGAGCCUCCACAAGCAGGGAGAUGAAUUCCUGACCCCACAGCCUCCAUGAGCAGAGGGGUCAGUCACUGAGCCCAGAGCCUGCAGGAGCAGAGGGGUCAGUCACUGACCCAGAGCCUGCAGGAGCAGAGGGGUCAGUCACUGACCCAGAGCCCCCUCCAGCCCAUCCCCGAGGCAGCACAGGGAUCACAGCCAGCCAGGACAGGGCUGGGCUGGGCCGAGGGAGAGCACUGGGUGUUUGUGCUGCCCUGAGCCCUGCAGCCCCUCUCCUGAGCCUGCAUUCUGCCCCUGGGAGCAGGGCAGAGCUCGGCCCAGGUGCCAGAGCUGUGCCAGAGCUGCUGGUUACAUAAACUACCUCUUGCUUUGCCAGUUCCUUUGGUACCUCUGUGAUUUACUUACUUAUUGAAAGAUUUAUGAAACCUGUAAAAAGGGAUGGGUGUGGAGGUAUUUUCAAUUUACUGUGUGUUUUGGUACUGUUUGUUCUCUUUUGUGGCUUUUCAGGAUGUAUUUCAAUACAAUGCAGCAGGCUGAAAGUGAGACUGAUCCCUGCUUAAAGUCCACACUGAUCAUCCCUGUCAGCCCAGGGAUUAUGGACACACCUUUGAGUCUGUAAUUGGCCAUCAAAGGACUUGCAUCUAGAGGAAAAAUAAAAAAUUAGAGGUAUAUUUGUAACUACUUGUUCUUAGGAACCUGUUUGCUUUGUAUGGACUCUCUUGCCCCAAGGAGAGCCUGUGAAAUGUUUUCUGUUGACUCCAGUGGCUGUUGUGUCAGACUUUUCUUUGUAAUAAUGGAGUUCAUGAUGUAUUUUAAGCUUUCCUCUCUGUUUUUGAUGUUUUGCAAGGUUCUGGAACAGUAAACAAGAAAGCAGUUUGAA